AUGAAUCUACCUGCACGAUGCAACUUUGUCUUCGACAUAGUUGUCACUCGCUAUGAUCUGCCCAAGUUCAAGGUUUACGAUGCCACGAAAUUGACAAUUGAGGCAAAAUUCAACUUCGACACCAUUAAGAUCACAUCGAGUCGUCACAAUGUCACCGAAUUCAACCCAAAGGCAUCCACUGAGUUCACCCAAACGGCCAAGAAACUGCGCCAAAAUCUCGAGGAAGGAGGCAUGCCAAUUGUCGUAAAGUACAAAGAUAGUGUUAUAGGCAGUGGCCAAGUCAACUUUCCCGGCACGUUUAUCGAUCAGAUACAAGAUGGCAUGACUGAUCUACUGCACUCGGACAGCUGCAAAAUUGACUUGAAUGUCGGAACUAAAGGCACCAUCGAGAUUCUCUGUCGCCUCAUCAUCAAAUGCUUUGAUACCAAAAAGGAGGAGGAGCCAGAGUGUGGACAGAACAUUAAUAAAAGCAUCAAUCCGCGUGACAUCAUGUUCAUAAUGGGCGAGAAUCAACGGUGCACCAAACCUUGUGAAGUCUGCCCCGAUGUCAUGCCGCCAUCAGACGACGAUGAUGAAGGUAAUAACGAUCGUCUACGUUUGGACUUGGAACGCUAUAAAAGCAUGAAUAAUCAAUGGCAUGCUCAGAAGGAUAUCAUCGAUCAACCAACCAGAAAAUCCAUUUGCUGUGAACUCAAGCAAAUGACACAAGAGUGUGGACAGAUUGUCGACGCGGUCACGGCUCAAACGAAGGCUCGCAGCUGCACAAGUCCAGUUUCAUAUGAUCCCGUGGACGAUUUCAUGAUAAAGCCAUCUGUUCACAGCUGCUUUGCCUUCUUGCCAACACAACGCCAGGGCGACACCGAACCUCGUUCGAUUUCAAUGCCAAUCAGCGAUAUUGGCAAGCCCAUCAUUAAGCCCACACGCUUUUGUCCUGUUUGCCUUACGAAUAUGUCCUGGCUACCGAAAUUCGCCGCCUGUCCCAAGUGCGGCAUUAAACCAAUGCCAAUGCUAGAGGAACGCCAUAAGGAUAAGCUGACUGCGGAGCAAAUACUCUUGGAUUAUCUGGGUAAGCCGCUCGAUUUGCUAAUCGAUGAUCCCUGUCAAACGCCUUGCAAGGAAGAAGCGCAGAAGAAGGAGAACAAGGAGUCGAAGGCCGAAUGUCGUUGCACUUGCCAGUUUGGCAAGAUGUGCGCCCAUUGUCGCAUACGAAGAUUGUGUGGAGAUAUCUUUCAGUCCGAUAAGACAACAAAUUGUAACGUCGAGCCGCCAAAAUCAUCCGAGGACUAUUGCGCUAUCAUCGAAAACAAGGAGCAAUGUCGACCAUAUCUAUCACGUGUCUUUUCCGAGCUGAAGGAUCUCUACGAUAUUAAGGAAAUGAAACUGCAAGCACCACAGGACAAAAUUUGCGAAAAAGCCAAAUCAAUUAGGUCCUCAAAAUCAUCCAGUCGUGGAUCAUCCAAAAGUCUGAUCGAGCCAAAGAAAAUCCAAGUGAAAAUCGGACCGGGGAAAGCAAAGACGAAGCCCGUUGUAGUUGUAAAAGCACUCGAGAGAAAAAAGUCGCGACUUGGGCACAAACAUUGUGUCAAUCAGCAAACAGCGGUGUCCAAAAAUCACGGUUGGGACUGGAAAUCGAGUACGGAGUCUCGCAAACACGGCUGGCGACCCGGCUACAUACUGAAGCCCAUCAAGCGGCUGAUGAAUUUCUUUUUGCACUACAAGCCGCAGGAAAGUGCUGAGAAAAUAUGCCAACGCAUCAAGGAGGAGGAGCUGGAAAAACGUAAGAGUCAGCAACCCACACUGAAUGUGUGCAAGAAGAAUGGCGAAAUCUACAUAACACUUCGAGCUGUGAAUGAUCCCAAUGUCGAGAUGAAUCCCAUCACCUUCAAGAUAGUCAAAAGCGCUCAGGCGGUGGCACUCAGAGAGAUCAAACAGAAGUUGAAACAGCGCGGCUUUCGCAAAUGCAUCUGCCACAAACCGCUGAUGUUGUGUGUGUGUCGCAACCACAUGGAAAAGCGGCAACUGGGCUGUGCUCUGCGACAUGAGUGUCAUCGUCGUGGCAUGGAGAACUGUGUGAAUCAGCUGGUGCUCACGGAUACCAGCGACAGUGAGAUGGAAUACGAUAUCGAUGUGAGUCCGCCGGCUGCUGCAGCUAAGGCGCGUCAACUGCCAAAGCGAGGACAUUGCAACAACAGCACGCAGACACCCAAAAAGAAGGAGAAAGCAGAUACGGUGACACCCAAGUAUCCAGUGCCACAUCCUGGUCCCUAUUGGCGCACCUACGAUUGUGCGGCAGCUGAUCGCUACAGAUGCACGGCCUUUGGCAACCCAGGCGAAGUUGUCUUCGAGGAUGGCGUCUUUGGUUACAGAGGAGGCGGUGCUCACGGUGCCACGCCAGGUGGCAAGCCGAGAAGCAAAACAAUCUGGGGAGAGUCCAAUGGACAUCCGAUCUGUGGCGGUCGUGAUGGACGAGGUGCUGGACACGGUGGACCUGGAGGUGCUGCUGCUUUCGCCAAGUCCCACGUGCCUGGUGCCAAAGGUCACGCGGCUGGUAAAAGUAAAUUGAUUCCGGUGCGAAUGCCAAAGCGUUUGCAAAAAUCAGCCCGAGAGGCUGAAAGAGCUAGAAGGGAAGCUGCUGAAAAAGCGGAGAAACUACGGAAGAAUGGCAUCGAUAUGAUAAAGUACCUGAAUAGCCACAAGAAAAAACGCGUCAUUGGCCCAGACGGACUCACCGAUGCCCAACGUCGACGUCUCGCUUUGCGCCAAGUGCCUGCGCCUUCCAUUGAGAAUGUGACACAUCGUGGCCAUGGCUUCGAUCCGUGUGAGGUCCAGUGCAGCGACUGGUGCAAUCCCUUUGGUUACGAGUACUAGAAGUCAAACUUCAGGCUAGCGUGAAAA